CCUCGGGUCCUCCACUCAACAAGACAAUUCUCUCUCCUACAGCUUCAUUUCCCACCUCUGCAAGCCGCAUCCCCCAUUACCGGAAAUGCUCACCCCGCACAUUUUCUCUCUCCACCAUGGUUGUUUCUCCAAUUCAAUAGCACCAAAUUGAAUCAUACUAUCCUUCCCCCGAUUUCACGCCACCACCUCAGACACCGUAACACUGCCACCGCUCUACCUGGCUGCCGAUCAUCGGAGCAACCCGCUGCUAACCAAAUCGACGCCGGAAUUAGGUACAUCCUUUUUCGUACUCCGUAAAUCGUAUCCCGACAACGCCGACACCGUCGUUUCCGGUGACGGAAUUUGAUUUUUUGUUGAAAGGUCAAUUUCGGAAACAUUUAGCGGUUCACCUUUUGGAAUUUGGACAAAAAAAUCAACUCACUUUAGCAAAAGAAAAAAGAACCUUCUUCUCUGAAUAGCAGUAAUAGGACCCUAUCUCUCUCUCUCCUCAUUUCACGCGGUCUUCGACCUUUCUUAGGAUUGAAGCUUGAUAAGCUGGUGAGUUUGUGAUCAAAAGUUAUGACUUGGUUUAGAGCUGGAUCUAAUGUGGCCAAGCUUGCUGUUAGGAGGACUGUAUCUCAGGGGCGUUCUUAUGUGACUAGAACGCGAGUAAUUGAUUCACAGAGCCGUUUUGUUAAUUCGCAGAGUCGUUUUUUCCAUAGCACAGUUUUGAAACCGAAAGCAGCUCCUGUUCCACGACCUGUACCCCUUUCGCGGCUUACUGAUAGUUUUCUUGAUGGGACCAGUAGUGUUUACCUUGAGGAGCUACAAAGAGCUUGGGAAGCUGACCCUGAUAGUGUUGAUGAAUCAUGGGACAAUUUCUUCAGGAACUUUGUUGGCCAAGCGGCUACUUCACCAGGGAUCUCAGGACAGACUAUUCAAGAGAGUAUGCGUUUGCUACUGCUUGUGAGGGCGUAUCAAGUUAAUGGUCACUUUAAGGCCAAGUUGGAUCCAUUGAGUCUGGAGCAAAGGCCGGUUCCUGGUGAUUUGGACCUGGAUAAUUAUGGGUUCACCGAAGCUGACUUAGAUCGUGAAUUCUUCCUCGGAGUAUGGAGGAUGGCUGGGUUUUUGUCAGAGAAUCGUCCUAUUCAGACCCUUAGAAAUAUCCUUAACCGUCUUGAGCAGGCAUAUUGUGGUAGCAUUGGUUUUGAAUAUAUGCAUAUAGCUGACCGUGAGAAGUGUAACUGGCUGAGAGAUAGAAUUGAGACCCCGACUCCAAUGGAAUAUAACAAGGAACGGAGACACGUGAUGUUGGACAGGCUUAUAUGGAGUACUCAGUUUGAGAGUUUCUUAGCAACUAAGUGGACUACAGCUAAAAGGUUUGGUCUUGAAGGUUGUGAAACUCUCAUUCCUGGUAUGAAGGAGAUGUUUGAUAGAUCAGCAGAUCUUGGGGUUGAGAAUAUUGUCAUUGGAAUGUCUCACAGGGGUAGGUUAAAUGUGCUUGGUAAUGUUGUGAGAAAACCACUUCGACAGAUAUUUAGUGAGUUUAGUGGCGGCAUCAAACCUAUAGAUGAGGUUGGACUUUACACAGGAACUGGAGAUGUCAAGUACCAUCUAGGAACUUCUUAUGAUAGGCCUACUAGGGGUGGUAAGCGGAUCCAUCUCUCGUUGGUUGCGAAUCCAAGUCACUUAGAAGCUGUGGAUCCAGUUGUGGUUGGGAAAACAAGAGCCAAACAAUAUCACUCUAAUGAUGUCGACAGGACAAAAAAUAUGGCUAUUUUAAUCCAUGGUGAUGGUAGUUUUGCUGGACAAGGUGUGGUGUAUGAGACACUCCAUCUUAGUGCUCUUCCAAAUUACACUACUGGCGGUACUAUCCACAUUGUGGUGAACAAUCAAGUUGCCUUUACAACUGAUCCAACUGCAGGAAGAUCUUCACAGUACUGCACUGAUGUUGCAAAAGCUCUGGAUGCUCCCAUUUUUCAUGUAAAUGGGGAUGAUUUGGAGGCGGUGGUCCAUGUUUGUGAGCUUGCAGCGGAGUGGCGUCAAACCUUCCAUUCAGAUGUUGUGGUAGACAUUGUUUGCUACCGUAGAUUUGGUCAUAAUGAGAUUGAUGAGCCGUCUUUCACCCAACCAAAGAUGUACAAGAUAAUCAGAAAUCACCCUUCUUCUCUUGAUAUCUACAAGAAGAAAGUUCUUGAAUCUAGCGAAAUGUCAAAGGAAGAAGUUGAUCAGAUCCAAAAGAAGGUUAUGACAAUCCUCAACGAGGAGUUUGAUGCCAGCAAGGAAUAUGUGCCGCAAAGGAGGGACUGGCUUUCUGCCUAUUGGCUGGGUUUCAAGUCUCCUGAGCAGCUUUCUAGAAUCCGUAACACUGGGGUUAAACCAGAGAUCUUGAAGAAUGUUGGCAAGGCAAUCACCACCCUUCCUGAAACUUUCAAGCCACACAAAGCUGUGAAAAGGAUUUAUGAGCAACGUGCUCAGAUGAUUGAAUCAGGGGAGGGUAUCGAUUGGGCGGUUGGUGAAGCACUUGCCUUUGCGACUUUGCUAGUUGAAGGCAAUCAUGUCCGGUUGAGCGGUCAGGAUGUUGAGAGGGGUACAUUCAGCCACAGGCAUUCUGUACUCCAUGAUCAGGAAUCUGGAGAAAAAUACUGCCCCUUGGGCCACGUCAUGAUAAACCAAAAUGACGAGAUGUUUACUGUUAGUAACAGUUCUCUUUCAGAGUUUGGUGUGCUUGGAUUUGAAAUGGGUUAUUCCAUGGAAAACCCAAAUUCUUUGGUCAUCUGGGAAGCUCAGUUUGGCGACUUUUCUAAUGGAGCACAAGUAAUUUUUGAUCAGUUCUUGAGCAGUGGGGAAUCCAAGUGGUUACGUCAAACUGGUCUUGUUGUGCUACUUCCUCAUGGAUAUGAUGGUCAGGGACCUGAACAUUCGAGUGCACGUUUGGAACGUUUCCUACAGAUGAGUGAUGACAACCCCUACGCCAUACCUGAGAUGGAACCCACACUACGUAAGCAAAUCCAAGAAUGCAACUGGCAGGUUGUCAAUGUAACAACGCCUGCUAAUUAUUUCCACGUUUUGCGUCGACAGAUUCACAGGGAAUUCCGUAAGCCUCUGAUCGUCAUGGCACCCAAGAACUUGCUUCGACACAAAGAAUGCAAAUCAAACCUUUCUGAAUUCGACGAUGUUAAGGGCCAUGCUGGUUUCGAUAAACAAGGAACAAGAUUCAAGCGUCUCAUAAAGGAUCAGAAUAUGCACUCAGAUCGCGAGGAGGGCAUUAGGCGUUUGGUUUUGUGCUCUGGAAAAGUUUACUACGAGCUGGAUGAACAGAGGAAAAAGGAAAAUGGCAGUGAUGUUGCCAUCUGUAGAGUAGAGCAGCUUUGCCCUUUCCCAUAUGACCUUAUCCAACGAGAGUUGAAGCGAUAUCCAAAUGCCGAGGUUGUUUGGUGUCAGGAAGAGCCGAUGAACAUGGGUGCUUACAGUUACAUUGCUCCCCGUUUGUCUACUGCUAUGAAAUCUGUCAACAGAGGAAAUGCUGAUGACAUUAAAUAUGUUGGUCGUCCUCCAUCCGCUGCAACUGCAACUGGUUUCAUAUCAGUCCAUGGCAAAGAACAAACAGGGCUUGUACAGAAGGCAUUGCAGCCAGAGCCAAUACAAUUCCCGUGAGUGCGUUGCCUGUUUUUUUUAAUAAACUGGACCAAUUUUGAGUUAAAAGAGAGUACAUUGUACGGGGUAUAAGAGUUUGGAAGAGUCCAAACGAUUUUCUGCAAUAAAUAUUUUUUUCCUUUUUGCUACGAUACUGUAAUACUGACCGAGAAAAUUCUCUUGUCAAAUAAGUUAUGGUUUGUUACUCGAACUUGUAUAUGAGUUAGAUUUUAUUUCGAAUAAAUCGUUCUUCUUUCCUUUC